AUGCUCCAAUUGAGUGUUCUAAAGGAGAGAGGAUUCAUUCCAUCCCAGAGUACUGGCUUCCUCUCUCCCAACGCCCUGGAAAUUCUGUCCUCUUAUGAAGAUGAUUUGCUAAAGGACGUAAGUGAAAUUCAAAAGAACGAGCUUUUGGAACUCCUGAAAGAAUUCGCCCAACACCGAACCGCCAAGAGGGCACUCGAUUAUCUUUACGGUGGAGUGAGAUAUCGAAAGCGUCGAAGUGUGUAG